AUGACUAUAGUCACGAGGGCUACAAGAAAAUCAAAAAGUGAAUCCCCUCGUUGUACCCGUGAAAAGGAAAAUUUAGCACCAAUGUCAUCAUUAGUAUCGCAAAAAUCGCAACCGUUACAAGGUCAAUCAUUGACAGCAGCGACAUCCACGGCAUCCACGGUAGUGAGAUCGACAUCUGAGACACCGAAGACGACAGCCACGGUAGUGAGAUCGACAUCUAAGACACCGAAGACGACAGCCACGGUAGUGAGAUCGACAUCUGAGACACCGAAGACGACAGCCACGGUAGUGAGAUCGACAUCUGAGACACCGAAGACGACAGCCACGGUAUCUACAGCACCGAUGACAAUAACGGCACAAGAAAACAACAUGGCUGCUUCAAAAUAUGUUGCAAUGCCAAAUGCGUCGCAAGAAAAUGUGACUGCGUAUAGAUAUCCACAAUGUACAGCCGCGCAGGCUUCUACAUAUAAUUCAGAUAUUCAGGGUCCAGAAAAUAAUGCAGAAUUUGAAUAUAUCUAUGCACCUAUUAUGCAUUCGUCGGCCACGCCACAAUCUACACAGCCUACUCCUGGAUUUGGUCAUGAACAUAUAACAGGAUACCGUGUACCUGAAAAUUCUAAUCAAUUUAAAGCAGCUGUACGACGUGCCUAUCAAAGAGGCCUGAAAAAAGACACAGCUUCAGAAAAAAAAACAGCGGAAAGAAUUGCUCUGCAGGCUACGUCGGUUAUAGGAAAUACUUCGCCGGCCUUAUUACAAUAUGCAGCAGCGCCACCUCCUAUAGAGAAUAUUCAGGCUCGAGAGUGCAUUUAUGUACAAAAUCCUCCACUAGUGGCGCUACAAUAUUCCACGCCUGCCAUAGGAUAUGCGUCUGCUGUAGGACGUAGGCCUCUAUCUGCUACGUCACAAUUUGCAGCCGCACCUGCUAUAGGAUAUAUGUCUGCUGCAGGAUGUACACCUCUGCCUGCCACGCCACAAUAUGCAACCGUGCCUGCUAUAGGAUAUACGCCUCCGCCUGCCACGCCACAAUAUGCAGCCGUACCUGCUAUAGGAUAUACGCCUCCGCCUGUCACACCACAAUAUACGGCCGCGCCACUUGUUCCACAGUAUAUUCCUAACCACACUUCGAUUCAAGACUAUCCUCCUCCACCAGCCACACCACAGUACGCAGUACGCCUGCUCUAA